GGUGGCAGAACCCCAUACCGGCAGAGCAACAGCAGGCGUAGGCUAACCCAAGCAGGAAACAAAGAACUGGCAACCGCGGAUGACAUCUCUCCCGAACUGCACAGAUACAUGCAAACUACCACCUAUACAAUGAAACAAGAUGGAAUACUGAGUGUAACGUUUUCGAUGUUUGUUAAAUAGCGUCUUCUCGUUUAUGAAAUUGCUGUUUUUGUUCGUAAUAAGAAGCUGAUUAUCCGACUAGUUUAGCCUCGACUGUGUAAUAAUAUACAAAUCGUUGAGAGCGCAACCCUACAACUGAACGCUUUUGGAUAGUCGGAUGAUUGUGGACGGACGUGGACGCUAGUCUACCGGUUUUAAAUGGAUUGGCCCCUGUAUAUCUAUCUGAACUUUUACAUAGUCAUUCUCCAGCCGAGCACUGAGGUUAAAAUGACACACCCAGACUGAUGUUUGACCUCAAAGCCUGAUGACAUCCCAGAUAGGUCAGAGCUCUGUUUGUUUGUAAUACCCUCAAAAAUACAAACCAACCCUCAACUCAUCAAUAUGUCUGUUCAGGAACCUUCCAUACACUCCACGUCACCGCUACUCCCCAGACAGGAGGCCAAACCCCGGCCCCCUGUUUGUAAGAAACCCUCUCCCUCCGACGGCACCCCAGCAACCCCCUCCCAACACGGAGAGAAGGGCAGCACAGCCUGCAAUUCUGCAGGUAAUGUCAAGAGCAUCGUGAGCAAGUUCAGUCACCCAGAGGCUACACCAAGCAUCUGCGGAGCUGCUACAAAAAAGCCCAGUGUCUCCACCAUUGAUCCACCUCGACUGAGCCAAAGGAACAAGGGGGCCCCCACAGUCAAGCCCAAACCGCACCAGGGCACCCUUCCGCAGGCUACAGGCUCAAACCAAGCCCCUCCGUUGCCGAUCAAGACGAGCCGAGCCCUGUGUCAGCAGAGCGAGCAGGCCAAGAUGGAGGCACCCGGAGAGGAGGGAAAUGGCAUACCAAUCGAACAGUCAGUACCUGAUGGAAAGGAUGUGGACCAUCAGCUGAUAGGAGCAGAAGCGGAGGUGGAGCAUGGUUUAGACACAGCCCCUAUCUCAUGCUGUGACCAGGACUGCAGCUGUGUCUGCCACCACCACCGGCCUGGCAUGAAACUGGUGUGGGUGCCCAUGGGGAAGUUUAAGGGUGAUGAGGAGAAGGAUGCCAAGGAGGUGGAGGAGGGGGGGAAGGAAAAAGAGAUUCUGCUGGAGGAGGUAACGAAAGAGGGGGGAGGGGAGGGGCCGAGUGUGGUAGGGGACGAGAAGAAAGAGAAGAGCGGUUGGCGAAGUCAGGAAGACGACGUGCAGAGGUUCAAGAAGGCCAGGUUCAACCAGGUUCUGGAUAGGAUGAUAGCCAGAGGGAACCGGAGAAAAUCUGACCCUGGAACCCAGGUCAUCAUGACCACCUUGGCCAUAAAACGCCCCCAGUCACCCCCUAUCCCCCCUAAACGAAGCCAGUCUCCCCUUAGCCAUUCAAAAGCCUACAUAGAUGAGGUGGAUGACUCCAUAUAUGAAGCUACCCUACUAGUGGUGGAGCAAACACCUAAGAAGGUCUGCCAAGAACUGGACAUUCCUCUUAUUAAGGUACGGAAAGCGGCACGGCAUUCAAAACUAUCCUUCAGCAACUCCGAGGAGAAUACAUCCAUCUUGUCCGAUUCAGAUCAGUCCCAGACUGUGGAGAACGCUCCGCCAGCCCUCCCGCCCAGAGUUCCCCUCACCCAGGACAAGUCCAAAGCGCCUGGCCAGAACAUCACGCCCGUUCACAGGGGCGGGAUCCCCUUACCCCAGCCCACGGCGGAGGAGUGGCGCUGUCUGCGCCCCUCAUCCCCAAACCCUUCCCCUGACCUCGUCGUAUGCCACCGAACACCCCCUACGCCCCCGACAAGCACCUCCAUGCCCGCCCGACUAGCCCCACUUCAGCCCCCCAAGAUGGGUCGGGAUGACAGGAGACUCAGCAUCUCGGUUCAUUCCGUCAACCAAGCUAUAAAAGAACAAGACGAGGAUGGAAGCACAGAAGGAGUGAAGGAGGACACUGAGAAAGACCGGGCUCCUGUAGCUACACUCAAAAGAGGGGCCUCUAUCGACUGGGAAACCAGGCUACAGGAUGAGCCUCUGUACCAGACGUACCGCGCCACCGUCAUCACCAAGGAGAUCCGCCGGCAGACCGUGUGCCGCAACAUCAGCAAGACCAGUGCCGACUACCACAUGGACUGGACCAACCGCCAUGGGGGCGUGGGGAACGCGGCGCCUGGCAGUACCAUUCCUCUGCCCUCUAUGGGCCAGAGCUCCCUGUGGCGGGACCUCCCGGGAGUACGAGACAGCGGGGUGCUGGAGAAACUCAGCCCUGAGCAGUGCAAGUACCAGGAGAGUAUGUUUGAAGUGUUGACAUCGGAAGCAUCGUACCUGCGCUCUCUGAAAGUUCUCACCGAACACUUCCUGGAUUCCCGGGAACUGGAUGAGGUUCUGAUCAUCCGGGACAGGAAGACCCUCUUCUCCAACAUCCUGCGAGUCCGGGAGGUCAGCGAGAGGUUUCUAAAGGACCUGGAGGACCGUAUGGACGAAAGUCUGGUGUUCUCCGACAUCUGUGACAUCAUCCACUACCACGCCCAGCACAACUUCCCGGCCUACAUUGACUACGUCCGUAACCAGAUCUACCAGGAGAAGACCUUCACAACCCUUUUUAAAAGCAAUGUGGAGUUUGCCACAGUCAUAAACCGUCUGCAGGAGUCUCCCCUGUGCCAACGGCUGCCUUUCAUGUCCUUCCUCCUGCUGCCCUUCCAGCGAAUCACACGCAUCAAGAUGCUCAUCGAGAACAUCCUGAGGAGAACAGAAGAGGGGACGAAAGAGGAACAGACUGCCUCAAAGGCCCUGGAGUCUGUUUCCAAGAUCAUAGAGGAGUGCAAUACUCAGGUGGGAAAGAUGAAACAGGUGGAAGAGCUGAUCCACCUCUCUAAGACUCUGGAGUUUGACAAACUCAAGGCCAUCCCCAUCAUUUCGCAAACACGUUUCUUGGAAAAGCGGGGUGAGUUACAGGAGAUGGCCAAAGGGAGCACCCUCUUCAACCUGCGCCCCAAGUUCACCCCUGUCUACCUCUUCCUCUUCAAUGACCUGCUCAUCCUCGCCACCAAGAAGGGGUCGGAGCGUUUUGUGGUGUUGGACCACGCCCACCGCUCCCUGGUGCAGGUUCAGCCAAUAGUAGAGGACCAGGUCACCAGCCCCAGCUAUGAAAACUGCUUCUGUCUCACUUUGCUGGAGAACCACCAGGGACGAAUGAUGGAGAGACUGAUGAAGGCCCCCUCACUGUCUGACUUACACAGGUGGAUGGCAGCGUUCCCCAACCCCAGCAACCCAGACGGGGAUGAGAACGAGAUCAUAUAUGAGGACUGGGACUGUCCCCAGGUGCAGUGCGUGGAGCCGUACGUCGCUCAGCAGGCUGACGAACUGACGCUGGAACCCACUGAGAUCAUCAACGUGGUGCGAAAGACCAAUGAGGGUAUGUGCGAGGGGAUUCGUCUCUCAGACGGUCAGAAAGGUUGGUUCCCUGUGGCGAACGUCCUGGAGAUCACCAAUGAGCAUGUGCGGCGGCGGAACCUUCGAGAGCGUUACCGGGUGAUGCAGGCCGCCGGGGCUGUCACUAACAACAAGCCCGUUACAUAACAAAUGAGAUCCGGAGGCCUUAGGGGGCGCCUUCAUGCUGAGAGAGCAUCAGAACACUCACAAAUGUUGACAGAACGUCAGGGCGAACAUUGACAGAACGACAAGAGAACAUGUCAGGAGAACAAGAACAUCAGCAGAACGUUGCUGGAAUAUUAACCUGGAUGCAGGAGAGUGAGGCAGGGUCUGUCGUGUAAGUUUUCUGAAGAACCCUUAGCUGGAAAUGUGAAGAGAUUUAAGGAGCAUUAUAUGUGAUUAGCCUGUUUGGUAAAGUAACUCAUUUGUUGACGUAAUGGGAUACAACUUUAAGAACUCAAGGAAACAACAGGAAAUGAAUCUGUCUUAUUGGAAGGGGACUUCUGAAUCUUGUUGCAAGAAAACUAAAAAUAAUUCCUCUUUGGAAAUGCCUAAUGUUUAGUGUGUGUGUGUGUGUGUGUGCGUGCGCAUGUGUGUAUAAGAACCUUCACUUAGUUCAGACACUGCCGAACCGUAGCCAAAUUCCCUUGCAUCAUGAUGCUAGUAAUUUCCCAGGACAUACCAGUGGCUUAUCACUGUCAGUGCUGUGAUGGUGGGUGGAACCGUCUUAAUGACGUUAUACCAUGUCACCAAGCAGACAUUGUUACUGGAAUGUGCUAUCAGCCGUGGAGACCACAGGUCCAGUCAACGGCAUACCUGGAGUACCAUCAUCUAGACAGGACUGGAAUGUCAUUGGUGUGUGUAUGUGUGGGUGUGUUUUCAGAUUGUACAGUUUAAAGCGAUAAAUGAACAAAUACAGUGACGUCAGGUUGUCCUCAAAACUAUUUAUCUUUAUGUAGAUCAAACGCUAACGUGCCUUCCAGUGGUUUAUACCAGACGCACAGGUUUUACAGCUGCAAAGUGAACACAUCUGCAGGGCUGUAUACACAUGAAUGUUAUUUUUGGAUACAAACACCACAGUCGUGUACAUUAACUAAAGACCACAAAAACCUUUGUUGUGAUUUUCUUACACGCACCGUAUUGAAAAACAGAGCUGAAUCGUCCAGUUGAGUCCCACCGUUAGGGAAUCGAUGAUUCAUGAUUCUCUGUUUGAUGCCCAAUUCCAAAUCACUCCUAUUUCCAAUCAUGUCCUAACUUAGGCACUGGAGUCAGUCUAAAGGAACUGCAUAGGUACAGCUAAAAGGUGAUUGCUCCAGAUGUACCGUUCAUAAAUGUGCUGGGGAAAAGUUUGGCCAUGUUACUUCCACUUGCUGUUUGUUUGGAAUUGGGCCACAGUGUCUGUCCAUCUUCUGGUUGAAGUACCGCUGUGGCUGAUUCAUCAAGGUGAAUGCUGGGAUUGUAUAAGUUAAUGCAUCGUUAUCUAUGGUACACGGUUUGAGUCUUUUUCUUAAUAAAACUCCAGGUUUUGUUUUUUCAGCA